AUGUCAGAAAGACCAAAACGAGCAGUUCGUAAACCUGCACGAUUGUUAGAUGAGGUCGCGAACUCUACUCCUCCAAGAACCAAGCGGAAAGCUCAACAACUCGCCAUAGAUGACAAUGCUCUAGAUGCAUUGUUGACAAAUCCCAAGAGUACUUUGACAAGCAUGGAUAUUUCAGAUCUCAUCAAUGCUAAUACAUGGGCAUUUCUCUCUGAUGCAUCGAAAGCUCAUUUGGCAAAGCUUCUUCCACCAACCGCAUUUUCUGACUACCAAAGGACCAUCGACCCAGAUCAUCCUUCUUCAAGUAGGAAAGACGUAGACCCAAAUGCCAUGGUUAUUGACAUCCCACAAGACCCGCUAAGCAGCUAUGAAGCGGAUCGGGUGCUCCCCUCUGUGUUCACAGAUCCGCAUUUCCUAGCUGCCGCACACACAUUCCAAGACCACUUGUAUUCUGGUUGGUUGAAGGAUGACUUCAAAGCCAAGGUAGCUAAAUAUGAGGAGGGUAUCAGGAAUGGGACUCUGGCUGCUCCUUGGAAGGAUCAGGAAUGGGAAAAGGAACAUGCCAUGCUCGAGAACGACGCGUUGACAUCAUCCAAGCCCCGCAGUACUGGCCCGGGCGGAGCUAUUAAAGCAGGGAUAUACGAUCUUGCUAAGAACACUGUCAUUCAAGUGGGAGACAUCAUUUCGUACAAACGGAAUUUCACUAUGCUCGAUGUUACAGUGGAGAAAGACGUGCUGGUUCAAUCCCUGAACACACGAGCGCGUUCGUUGACUGUUUUGCUGGAGUCUGGGCCUACGCAACAUCUACCGUCAUAUCUCCUCAUGCCUGAUGCUCCGGAUCCAGUGCCUCCCACACAAAGUAUGGAGAUCACGUCACCGACAAUGCUCGAGACUGGAAUCCUUGAUCUUGACGGCCGAGUUGAACGAGGUAAAAGGCCAAAUGGAAAUGCUUGGAAGGUCCUUACCGUAUAUCGCUGGAGGGAGGAUGGUGUAUCAUCAAUGGAUGAUAACAGGGGAGGACAGGAGAGUCAUGGCACCCUGCACUAUCUUAGAAACAGUCAUUUUUCAGAUUUAUAA